CGCCGCCGCAGCCGCCACGUCGGUCUCCUUGACGACGGACACCAAGCCUUUUGGGAGCCCCCGGGGCUCAGCCGCUGCGGGGAUGCUGAGCGGGAGGGGCCGCGGGCCCCUGCAGAUGGUGCAGCGCCGCAGUCAGGACCUCCGGCAACAGGUUGGACGUUUGCUUUCUGAGAGUCAACUGAAAGGAGCCCUAGAUGCCAAUAAAAGGCGGGAUAUUUAUCAGAGAUGUAUACAAUUGAAAAGAGAAAUAGAUGAAACCAGAAGGGCUCUUCAAAAUUUAAACAAAGGUGAUGAACCAGCACCUGUGGGGAACUACAACCAGAGAAAAGAAGAUGAAGAAAACGUUUUGGAAAAGCUUACAAAGCAGCUGCAAGAACUUGCUGGGACAAUAAGUAAAGAAAAUAUAACGCCAGAGGAGAAAGUUCAGAAUAUUCCUCAGGCUGAAGAAGAGGAAGAAGACUCUGAGGAAACUGAAGAAGAAGAAGAAGAAGAAGAAGAUGAUGAUGAUGAUGACAAUGAUGAUAGUGAAGAUGAAGAAAGUGAAGAAAGUGAUGAGGAGGUUGAAGAAGUAGAAGAGGAAGAAGAAGAUGACACUAGUGAUGAACAACCAAGUAAUAAAGAAUAUAUUGCUGUUGGUGAUUUUGUUGCUCAGCAAGCAGGAGAUCUCACAUUUAAGAAGAUGAAGUUCUCUCAUCCUUCAAAAGAACCUGAUGGCUGGUGGAUAGAGAAUAUUCAUGGAAAUAAAGGUCUUGUUCAAACCUACCUGGAGCCCUGUGUUAAAGAGAAAGAGGUCCAGGAAUACAGUGAAGAGGAAAGUGAAGAAGAUGUAGAGGUGGUAGAUGAAACAGCCCAUGGAGCAGAGAUUAAGCCACGAACUGAUUCUCAUUGGAGUGCUAUUAGAAAAGCUAUUACAGAGAGUAACACUAUUGACGUGUUGACUGCUAUGGGAGCUAUUCCUGCAGGAUUUCGACCAUCAACUCUUUACCAGUUUUUAGAAGAAGGGAGUCAGUUUCAAGCAGGUUACUUCUUACAGCCUGAACUUACCCCUUCACAAUUGGCUUUUAAAGAUAUGAUAUGGGAUUCUGAAAAUGGCACUAUUAAACCCACACCAAGCCGUGUGUCACUGAUUCUAACCUUAUGGAGUUGUAAAAUGAUUCCUCUGCCAGGAGUAAGCCUGCAGGUUCUCAGUAGGCACGUACGCCUCUGCGUCUUUGACGGAAGUAAGGUUCUUAGCAAUAUUCAUACAGUCAGAGCUACAUGGCAACCUAAAAAACCCAAAACCUGGACCUUUUCUCCAAGGGUUGCUGGUAUCUUGCCAUGUUUACUUGAUGGAGAUUGUUUUAUUAGAUCCAAUUCUUCAUCACCAGAACUUGGAAUAUUAUUUGAAGUUGGAGUCUCUUAUGUUCGUAAUUCAACUGGUGAAAAAGGAGAGUUAAGUUGUGGCUGGGUCUUCCUAAAACUUUUUGAUGCCAAUGGAAUACCUGUUCCUCCCAAAACCUAUGAACUUUAUUUGAAUGGUGGUACUCCUUAUGAAAAAGGUGUUGAAGUGGAUCCUUCAUUUUCCAGAAGAGCAGCCAGCAGUGUUUUUCAUCAGAUGAUGACAAUGAGAAGACAGCCUCAACUUCUGGUCAAGCUGAGAUCUCUAAAUAGAAGAUCAAGAAGCAUAUUGAGUCAGCUCCCAGAAACACUAAUAGGAAGUAUGUGCUAUACUCACCUGCUGGUGUUUUAUCGAGAAAUUCUUGGUGACGUUCUCCUGAAAGACAGGAUAAGCAUGCAAAAUGCUGAUUUAAUUAGUAGUCCAGUCCUAGCAACAUUUCCUAAGCUCAUGGAGCAACCUGACCUGAUGGAUGUACUUAGGACUGCAUGGGCUGAAAAAGAAAGUACUUUAAAAAGAUCUGAAAAGAGAGACAGAGAGUUUCUGAAGUCCAUGUUUAUCCUCGUGUACCAUGAUUGUGUGUAUCCUCUCUUACAUUCCACCCUCCUCCCGCCAUUCAGAUGGGCUGAAGAAGAGACUGAAGCUACUCGAUGGAAAGUCAUGUAUGAUUUUCUUAAGCAAAACCAAGAAAAUUCUGGUGCACUCUAUGCUUUGCUGUCACCAGAAGGUGUCCAUGAACCUUUUGACAUUUCAGAGCAGGCCUAUGACUUCUUAGGAGAAGCAAGGAAGAAUGUGAAUUGAUAGUGAUUGGUCAUUGAGAUUCCAGUCCAGUUGGUACUGUUCAUAGGAAUAAACAUAAACCCUAAGUGGUCAUCUGAGAAAAAUGAUAGGAUUCAAAUGCUUAGUGUCAAUUGUGGUCUGUAUUUUUACUUUUAUAAAAUACUACAUUUUUUAUUACUGUAUUAUUACUUUACUAAUUUACUGGGUUUUUUUACUUUACAAAUUGACUGUAUUUUUACUUUACUAAAUAUGCAAGAGUAUAUUUUGUAAGAUAUUUUAUAAGAAAAGUAUGUUUUAAAAUGACUUUUUAAAAUAGGAAAUACUAUGAUUUCUCCAAAUAAAUGAAAAGCUGUUCCUGCCUUUUGACCAAGUGGUACUACUACUAGGCCUAUACCUCAAAGAAAUCAAAGGAAAAGAAGAAGGGCCCAUAAAAAUAUUUAUAGAAGCUUAUUUUUAGUGGUAAAGAAGUGCAGACUUGGGGGGGGUGUCCAUCUUUAGGAGAAUGGCUGAACAAAUUAUGGUAUAUGAAUGUAGUGGAAUAUUCUUGCGUGUCAGAAGUAACCAAAAAGUAGUUUCAGAGAAGCCCAGGAAAUUGAUAUAGAAUGAAGUGAGAAGAACCAGGAGAACCAUUUAUAAAAUAGCAACGACAUUGGAAAGACAAAUGACUUUGAAGACAGGCACGUUGAUGAGUGCAACAGCCAAAUACAGAGGACCAGUGGUGAAACAUGCUAUUCCCCUCCUCACAGAGAGGCCUCAGACUCGAGAUGCGGAACAAAACAUAUAUUUUUGGAUAUAAGCAAAUGUAAGAAUUUGUUUUGCUUGAUUAUGCAUUUCCGUUCCAAGGGGGUUUCAAUUUAUUUAUUUAUUUAUUUUGCAGGGUAUAGCGGGAGGUAGUAACAGGGUUCAACGAGAGAAGAGAGUUAGCAACAGGGUUGGCUAAAAAAAUGUCAUUGAAGUAUUUUUUUAAAAAACUUAAGAGAACAGAAGGCAACAUGAACAAGCAGGAUGGCCCUGAAAGCUAUAUGUUAACUUUACUGUGUCCUUAAAAAGUAAAGCAAGAUGUACAUAAUAGAGAUUUGCAGUGCAAU